AUGGGAGAGCUUCCCAAAAACCGAAUCGUCUUCGAAAGAGCCUUUCUGCAUACCGGAAUCGAUUAUUGCGGUCCCUUCUCGAUAAAGGAAAGAAAAUAUCAAAAUCGAAACAAGAUAAAAAUCUACGCUGCCAUUUUCGUGUGCUUCGCGACUAAAGCUGUGCAUAUCGAAAUCGUGAGCGAUCUUACAACCGAAGCGUUUUUAGCAUGCUUAAAACGAUUUUUUGCGAGACGCGGAAAAGGUUCUAAUCUUUACUCCGAUAACGCUACCAAUUUCAAGGGCGCUCAACGUGAACUCGCUGAAAUAUUAAAUUUUUUACAAGAAAAUAACGACAAAAUCUAUCGCGUUCUCGCAGACGAUGAAAUCAAUUGGCAUUUUAUCCCCCCGCGUUCGCCACAUUUCGGCGGACUCUGGGAAGCCGCAGUUAAAUCGUUUAAACGCCACUUGGUACGUGUUAUCGGAGAAAAAUUACUGACUUACGAACAAUUCACGACCGUCGCUACUGAGAUAGAGGGUAUCCUGAAUUCACGUCCAUUGGCGCCUAUAUCCUCUGAUCCUAAUGAUCUAUCCACUUUAACUUCGGGUCACUUUUUGAUAGGUGACUCAAUAACAAGCGUGCCUGAGCAAAAUUUAUUGGACCUAUCGCCCGGUAGACUAUCGUCGUGGCAGCAAGUCCAACAAAUAAAGCAACACUUUUGGGCUCGCUGGCACAAGGAAUAUCUCCAUGAAUUGACCGUGCGUAAAAAGUGGCACAAGGGUUCCACUACCGAUAUUCAAAUUGGUACGAUUCUCACUAUUCGCGACGACAAUCAACCUCCUAUGCGCUGGAAGUUAGGCCGCGUGAUAAAAACUACCCCAGACUUAAGUUCACAGUUUGAUCUUUUUCCUAAUGACGACCUUAAGCUUAAUGAUCAUCCUGUCGGAUCUUCUCAUGCUUCUGAAAGAAAUAAUUCAACUGAAAGGUCUCUCUCUACUGUCGAGCCUUCUGUUCGUGUCCGGUCCAGGUCGCCUCCUAGAGAGUCUCAUCAUUCUCCCAGAAUUUUGCCAAGAACCCGUUCUCAACAAAAGGACUCUCCUCAAAACACUCAAUCCGCGGCCAUCGCCUUCCAGAGAAUAAAGAAAUUAAGAAAUCAUGUCAAAUCAAAAGCAAGUGGCACUCCCAUUACAGGAAGACAAAAAGGAAUCUUCAGUCCCACGGCCAGUGGUAAGCUAUCAGUACAGAGAACAAUUUCUUUCAAAGCCACAAAGGACAACCUGUCAAAGCCUAAAGAAAAACAGCUCAAAGAUUAA